CGCUCCAGGUUCGAGUAUGUUCGCAACUUUGAGCAGCCGGAUUCUCUCUUGCCCAACACAUGGAUCGUAGUUCGCAUAGAUGGGAGGGGAUUCACGAAGAUGUGUGCCAAGUAUGAGUUCGAGAAGCCAAACGACCGGAGAGCACUUGAUCUCAUGAAUGCUGCGGCCAAGGCGGUUGUGACUGACCUACCGGAAAUCACGAUUGCAUAUGGAGUCAGCGACGAGUACAGUUUCGUCUUUCACAAGUCCUGCAACCUCUUUGAGAGGAGAGCAAGUAAACUUGUCAGCACGGUUGUCUCUACAUUCACAGCAAAUUACGUCUACCUGUGGCCGACAUACUUCCCUGAUACGCCCCUUUCGUUCCCUCUGCCGACGUUCGAUGGUCGAGCUGUCUGCUAUCCGGCGGUGCAGAAUCUUCGGGAUUACAUGAGCUGGAGGCAGGCUGACUGUCACAUCAACAACCUGUAUAACACAGCCUUCUGGAAGCUGAUACAGCUUGGAGGCCUCGACAAUAAAGAGGCUGAGAAAACACUUGCCGGAACGUUGGCUGCGGACAAGAAUGAAAUACUGUUCUCUCGGUUCCAUAUCAAUUACAACAACGAGCCUGAAAUCUUUAGGAAAGGCACCGAUGCUCUCGCCGAACCAGCAGUGCAAUCAAAGUCGCAGGCCGAAAAGGAGAAGAAGCGCAGGGCCAAGGCAAAGGUAGUAGUAGAGCACAUAGACAUCAUCAAGGACGAGUUCUGGGAUAGACGGCCUUGGAUCUUGUCCGGCAAGCCAGGCCAGCCUGGCAAGGCGUCGAAGGAAAUGCAAACUUAA